UCACGGAUUGUUUGGAUCACGUGACCUAAAAUAAAAUGGCAGACAUACCUCGACAAGACAAGCCCCCUCCAAAUGGCUACCAGGACAUAAAGUUUGCUAGAAACUUACCUAAAAGAGGUCCCUCGGGUCUGGUUAUCAUGAUAGGAGGAGUUGCAGUGAUGGCAAUAGGUUUUGCUGGAGUUGCUUAUGGUAAUACACAGCGUAGAGAAGUGCGUAAAGAGCAUUUAAGAGCAAGACUAUCGUUACUUCCAUUAAUUCAGGCUGAGGAAGACCGUAGAAUUCUAAGAGCAUUGAAAGCUUCAGAGGCAAUGGAAGCCCUGAUCAUGAAGGAUGUGCCAGGCUGGAAGGUAGGAGAGAGUGUCUAUCACACAAAGAAAUGGGUUCCACCAAGCAUAAUACAACUAGGACCAUUUGGAAGGCAACUAGAUUCAGAGGAAUUUACUUUUAGUACGAAAAUACCAUAGACCUGUGUACACUAUAUGUAUGUGACCAAUGUAUGUGUAGUGAUUACAAAUGGUAUACUUCUCAAACUGAUCAACAUUAUUAUUAGUAACUUUUGGACACAUGCACAGUCCAGAACUUGCA